CCCGUGGUUACGGGUCAUCGAAUAGCUGUCAUCCCGUCGAGCUCAAGGACCUAUCCUCUCCGGAUUCUACACAAGCACUGCGGUACGACGUCAGGCAUCUUAUGGUGGCUCUCAUCUCGUCUCCCCAUCCCGUUUCCUCCGCCCCCAUGUGGGUGGUGACACGCUUCACCGGGCUGGGCUGUCUUGUAAUGGCACUUCGCUGGCUUCCUUUGGCUACGAGCUCGAGGCUAAGGUUGCCUUCAUGGAAUCUACCCGCGCAUCUCUUCCUGGCAUGGGCAACAAAGGGGCGUACAUAUCCGAUGCAGCCGCUGAGCCUGCGGAAUAUCUUUAAACUAUACCUACUUAAAGGUACCUCAGCCUUUACCAGAUAACUUGCGAACAUGGAGCCCACUGUGCGUGCAUCUAACUUGGAGUACGCCUUCAUGUUAUAAACCAUGGCAGAGCUUGAUCCAUGCGACCGUCUCCUGGAGGCUUGCACGGAUUCCGAUCAAUAUCCGUAUACUUUGUUGAAGAAAACCAUUUCUAGCGAAGUUUUGGAAUUGUAUCACUACCACUUACAGCAGAAUGACGGAGCGCUGUUCGCGGCUUCCCGAGAACGCCUUCACCUCUGGGAGAUAUGGCCAGGAGAACACAAAUUCCGGUUCGCAGAGCUCAUGAACUCAAACGAACUUCGGGAGCAUUUGAUUCGGGAUGAAAAGGACCCCAAAUGCCGUCACAUCUUCAUUGAGUCUCAUAACUCCCGAGCUCCGCUUAACUGCUCUGCGUCCACUCUUAAAAUACUCUUGACGUUUCACCAGGUCGACCCUUCCUUCCUUGACGCCCUCUUCACAUUUGGCGACUAUGACGAGCCUCCAGACGCAGGACUGGCCUAUUUCCACUCGGACGAUGCGCUGGCGGUUCAAGAUCGCUUACCGUUUCUGGCAUCCCUCGGCCGGUCCGGGAGAGAGUUGCGGCAUUCAUUCCUGCUCAGAACCGUGGAGCGAACCAACGGGUCAACGGAUCCAUGGUCCGUCCGUCAGGUCGCAGUUUACCACUCAUUUGAUGUGCUCAACGGCCGGACCGUCUGGAUCACAGUGAAGGGAAACGACUAUUUCGAAACGAGGAUCGUUGACGACACAAACGAUCUGCCCGUUCAGCGCGGCGCCAUUGAAGGCGACGUUGGAGCGUCGUUUGAGGCGUCACUGGCCACGCAUUUAAUCUUUUUUCACUGGUGCGAACAAAAUUGGCGAUGGUUCAUCCGUGACAUAGAGGAGCGCAUUCGGAAGGCGCUGGUCAAGGCCAAGACGCUCCCUGUUGAUAGCGAGCCACAUUUCGCCCCGGCACCCCAAAAGACUGUCAUUGAGGCAGUCACGCCUGCGUCUUUCGGAGGAAGUUACGUUAGAGCAGCAGGAACUUCCGCAUCGUCAGAGAAGUACGGCAUUCUUGAGCGGGUCAAGACACUACGGCGGCCGCCUUCGGCCACGUUCGAUCUUGCCCAGGUAACGACGUGGCAGUCGGCACAGUCACGCUUUCCCAACACAAAGCAAGUACCAGAGGGAAUGCUCGUGCUGAACAUGUUCAACUACAAGGAGCUUCAGACGCUUAGUAGACUCGCCGAACAACUUGAGGAAGUUACGCUGGUUGUCCAACUCGACAUCGGAGUGCUACAGGAUGUGGACAACUACUACCAGCGCCUUACUCGAUCUGACGACAUUGGAGACAAUCUCAAGCAGAAUCUGGACAAGUCAGUUUCGAGGUUUUCCUCUAGGGUUCGGGAAAUAAUCCGAAGCCUGGAGACAAGGCAGGCGCAGCUGGUCUCCUUGCGGAAGAGGCUAGACGAAGGGAAAGCACUUUAUGAGAACCUUCUACAGCUCCGAAGCUUGCAGAUGAGCCGCAUAUUUGCUGAGCAUGGGCACCGGUCUGCCAUUGUCAUGCAAGACAUCGCUCACAGAACAGAGCGGGAAACUGUCUCGAUGCACACCAUUACUGUGGUGACCUUGUUGUUCCUGCCCGCUACGUUUCUCUCUUCCUUUUUCCAAUGCGGUGUUCUCCAGUGGAAGGAAACCCCGGAGGUCAAUGUCAUUGGGGACUGGCUCUUUCGCGCUGAAGUCUUCAAACUGUUCAUCUCUGUCUGCAUUCCUAUGACGGCAAUCACUCUAUUCUGUUGGCUCGUGGUAAACUACUUGGGUAGGAAGCGGAAAAGAGUCUUUCCGGACGCAAUCACACUGCACCAGCCGAUGGUUAGACCUGCUGGCCUGUCAGUGUGAGACUUCGUACGCUGGAUCUCACUAUAACUAGUACGUGUACGUUAAGGUCGCGGGUGGACUGACAUGAUCCUCCCCCAUUGUUUGUUACUGAAGUGCUGGCAAAAUGGGGGAACGCUAAAUCUGUCUGAAGGAUUCUGAGUCCGUGGUCUUUUUAGUUUUAGUACGGGAAUCAAGGGAAACCUCC